AUGCCCGUUUACUCUCUGCCCGUUAUCGGGUCUCUCUACGAGGCCCACCCGACAAUCGCAGCUAUUCUCGUCAGCAUCCCUGUCCUCGUCGCCCUCGUCAUCCUCUACCUCUACCCUUAUAGCGAGUACACGCUCUCGUUCCGCAACCUGCCUGGUCCCAAGCCAGCGAGCUUCUUCUGGGGAAACAUCAAGCAGCUUAUGGCCGCGCGGCCGGGAUUGCUGCACGCAGAAUGGGUUGCGCAGUAUGGAUCGACGAUGAGGUACAGGCUCCUUCUUGGAAACAACCGCCUGUUCAGUUCCGACCCCGUCUUCCUCGGCUACGUCCUUCAGCACGCCGACGACUUCCCCAAGCCAGAGCGUACCAGCAAGGCCCUGGCAAGGAUGCUGGGCAACGGCCUUCUGUCAGCCGAGGACGUUGUUCACCGCCGCCAGCGCAAGAUCAUCAACCCAGCCUUCAGCCCUCAGGCCAUUCGCGACGUCACUCCGAUCUUUUGGGACAAGGCAUACGAGCUCAAGGGCAAGCUCAUGGGCUUUGUCGAGCGCGACGAGAACCUCAUCAGCGAGAUGCCGUCGCCCACGCCACCCGCCGCAGGAGACGAGGACAAGGGCGGCCGCAAGAUUGACGUGAUGAAGUACCUUGGCCAAAUGGCGCUCGACAUUAUCGGUCUCGCUGGGUUCGGCUACGAUUUCCAGGCCUUGAGCCACACCCACAACGAGCUUGCCGACAACUUUUCGGCAAUGUUCUCGGCCAGCACGAGGAUUACCCCUCUUGCGAUUCUCCAAAACUUCCUCCCAUUCUUCUCGUUUAUCCCGUCCAAGAACAAGUCCAUCAUUAAGAAGAGCCACGCGGCUACCAUGCGUGUGGCCCAGGACCUCGUCGAGCGCAAGAAGCGCGCCAUUGCCGCCGAGUACACUGGUGCGCUCGAGAAGGGGUCCGACAUUGGCAAGGACCUGCUCUCCAUCCUCAUCAAGGCCAACAUGGCUCCCGACCUUCGUCCCGACCAGAAGAUGACCGACGCCGAAGUCAUGGCCCAAAUCACGACUUUCAUUCUUGCUGGUAACGAGACUUCGUCGACCGCCCUUACCUGGAUCCUGUAUCGCCUCGGCCUGAACCCCGAUGUCCAGAAGCGUCUCCGCGAAGAGGUCCAGAGCGUCAGCAGCGACACUCCCUCGACAGAGGAGCUCAACGCCCUCACAUACCUCGACAAGGUUGUCCACGAGUCGCUUCGCCUGGACGGUCCCGUCCCGGGCACCAUGCGCAAGGCCAAGGUCGACGCCGUGAUCCCCCUCGGUACUCCUGUUGUCGGUCGCGACGGCACGCUCGUGGACAGUGUUCCUGUGAAGAAGGGUAUGGAGAUUUUCAUUCCCAUCACAAACGUCAACAAGUCCAAGGACAUCUGGGGCGACGACGCCGAGGCGUUCAACCCGGACCGGUUUGACCGCAACGGCCUGCCCGCGCGUCAUGUCCCCGGCACUUGGGGCAACCUCCUGUCGUUCCUCGGCGGUGCGCGUAACUGUAUCGGUUACCGCUUCGCCCUUGUCGAGAUCAAGAUUACCCUCUUUGUCCUCAUCCGCGCGUUCUCCUUUGAGGAGCUCGCAAGCAAGCCCGACGUCGAGCCAAAGUCGUCCAUUGUCAUGCGCCCGCGUAUCGUUGGCGAAGAGGCAGCUGGUCUCCAGAUGCCCCUCCUCGUUCGCGCACUGGACGAGUGA